CUGAAGGCGAGAUCGAUCGAGCGGAGAUGUCGUCUCGGGUGAUGAAGGCGGCGGCGUGCGGCGGGGAUCAGCGCGGCCUCGACGGCGAGCUCGAGGAGAAGCUCCUCCUGCACGACGGCGGCUUGGCGAGGUGCUCCGCGGGGGCAGCGGCGGCGCUGCAGCAGAAGCGGGGGAUCGAGCGGCGCCGGCUUCCUCCUGUUCCUGCUGGUCCGGGCGGCGCUGACGACGCCGGCGACUACCACGAGAGGUUCGUCCGGGCGUACGACCGCCUCCGGGACGAGCUCCUCGCCGACGACACGUGCGAGCUCACCGACGAGGCCAGGCGCUGGGUCGAGCAGAUGAUUGAUUACAAUGUACCAGGAGGGAAACUGAAUCGAGGUCUAUCAGUGAUUGAUAGUUACCUGCUGUUGAAACAAGGAAGUGAGGUUACUGAAGAUGAAUUUUUCCUUGCUUGCGUCCUUGGUUGGUGUGUUGAGUGGUUUCAAGCAUGUGCACUGCUGCUUGAUGAUAUCAUGGAUGGUUCACACACGAGGAGAGAUCAAAUUUGCUGGUACCGACGACCCGAGGUUGGUCUUCGGGGUAUAAACGAUGGUAUUCUACUUAAAUGCCACAUUGCACGUUUGAUCAAAAGAUACUUUAGAGAAAAAACUUACUACAUUGAUAUCUCUGAAUUAUGGAACGAGGUUACUCUGCAGACAUCUCUAGGACAGAUGCUUGAUCUUAUUAGCACACAUAAUGGCGCAGAUGAACUUGCAAAAUACAAUAUAGAAGGAUACCGUCGUAUUGUCAAGUACAAGACAUCUUACUACUCCUUUUACCUCCCUGUUGCUUGUGCAUUGCUGUUAUCUGGUGCAAAGUUGGAAAACUUCAGUGAGUUAAGGGAUAUACUUAUUGAAAUGGGUGUAUAUUUUCAAGCACAGGAUGAUUACUUGGAUUGCUUUGUAGAUCCUAAUACCAUAGGCAAGAUUGGGACUGACAUUGAGGAUCACAAGUGUUCCUGGUUGAUUGUACAAGCUCUGGGCCAUGCCAAUAUUAACCAGAUAGAAGUAUUGCUUAAAAAUUAUGGGAAGAAGGAUUCAACCUCGGUUUCAAAAGUGAAAAGUACUUACUCGACUCUUGAUUUGAAGGACAUGUUCUCCGAGUUUGAAGAUCGAGCUUACAAGCACUUGCUCACAUCAAUCGAAGCUCAGCAUGACCUCGCGGUGCAGGAGAUCCUGAAAUCGUUUCUGAAGAAAAUCCACCGAAGAAAAAGGUAA